AUGCAAGGCUGGCGUUGCUGCCGUGGGCAACAAGGAUCUCAGAGCCCUUGCGCUCAAUCGCUCUCGGUGGACGAGGUGUCUCACCUGCUCGCGUGGCUCGAGCUCGAUGCGAUCGCCUCGCCGCUCCGUGCCGCCGGCGUGACGGGCGCCUCUCUGGCUCAAGAGGUCGAAGGGCCGUUUCUGACACGGUUUGGCCUGCGCCCUCACACGGCGGCGCGGCUUCGCAACGACCUCUCGCUCUUCCUCCAGCACGGCGUCCCUCUCCACUACGUCACCCGCCCGCCUUCGUACUGCAUCGGCUGUCUAAAGUACCGCACCGGAGAGGCUCUGCUCGAGGCGCUGGAGGGGACUGGAGGGGACACGCAGCGGCGGUGGGGCGCGCGCGCGAGGGGUGGCGGUCGCGAGCUCGAGCCGCAGCCAGGGCUGCGCCUGGUGCCUCCCGUCCGGCUGCUGCGCUCCGAGUGGGUUGUCGCCCGAGCGGCGCAGUUGCGUGCGGUGCCCGCCGACCGGCGGCGCGCGCUGACGCUGCCACGGCGGCAAGAGUUGGAAGUGCUGGAGCCCUCCGCCUACUACAGCGCGGAGGAGGUCAAGGCGCUUCCCCGCGGCCCACGCAACGCGGGCUUCCCGAUGGCAGUGCUUGCGGUCUCUCACUCGUGGGAGUCGGAGGAGCACCCGGACCCUCACGGCCGGACGCUACUGAUGCUGGCGGACGCCAUCACGACGGCGCAGGCCAUCCAGGUGUCCAAGGGGCCCUACACUUGGCAGACCCUCCCGUCGCGCGUCGCGGUCUUCUUUGACUUUUGCUCGCUCUUCCAGCCGCCGCGCGCCAAGGAGGAGCCCCCUAUCGGGGAGGGGCCGACGAUGGCACUGCGCGCGGCUCUAACGCGCAUGCAGGUGUGGUACGCACACCAACUGACUACGUGCUUCUUCGUCACCGACGGGAACACCGAGACUGCAAACGAUGGCAGCCACACGCCCUACCACGAGCGAGGCUGGCCCACGUUCGAGUACCACGUCGGCGACGACGGACUCCGCUGCAUCGCUGAGCUCCUGCGCCGCACGCCGCCCCACUUGCCGAUGCUCAAGACGAUCCGCAUCACCGGCAAGCACGCCCUCGAGGAGGCGUGCCGAUCCCGCGGCAUCAAGAUUGAGGGCUGA